AUGCUUCGCCCAGCGCCACUGGCCUGCACCGAGUGCCGGAAGCAUCAUAUCAAAUGUGAUGCAGAAAAGCCUUCUUGUUCUCGCUGUAAAGACGCCCACCUUGCAUGUGUUUAUCUCCCUUCCCGACGCGGAGGGAGGCGCAAACCUGCCAAUACCCAUCGACUGGAUCACAGUGCAAAUCACCCUUUGAUCAUGGCUCAAUCAGUAUUUGUUCCCGAUUCUCGUUUGGUGCUUCUGUACUAUACAAAUUUCCACUCAGGCCACCCAAUUCUUGUUCCACCAACUCUCUACGAAGGCCGCCAGUAUCCUUCCUAUUUACAGCAAGUUGUCAAAUUCAUCGGCAGCCAUUAUUCAUUGGUUUUGUCCAAUGACACAUUUUAUGAGGCAACUGCAGUCGAGUUGUCCACGAGCCUUGAGAGAACACCAUGCAUGGUCCAGGCACUCCUCCUAUAUUCCAUCAUCAUGUACGCGCGCAACCAAAGCUCACAGGCAGAUCACGCCUUCUCCCGAGCCGUUGAUAUCGCUUUGGAGCUCGGCAUGUACCGGAAAGACUUUGCAAACACCUUUUCAGGUAGCCAAGAACCCGAGGCAGAGAGCUUACGGCGGACGUGGUGGGAGCUUUUCUUCACCGAAGUGUACAUGGCCAGCUUGCAGCAAAAGGUCAAUCUCCGGUGCGGGAAUGUACCAUAUGAUGUCGCGCUUCCAUGCGAAGACGCUUCCUAUGCGUCUCCCGAUUCGAUCCCGCCGCCCCCAACGCUUGCGGCUUUCAGGAUGCGAAUAUUCAUGGACGAUGACCAAGAGGCCCCAUUGUUCCGCUAUUCGUCCUAUAGCUACCGUAUCGAAGCCGUUCGCAUUCUUGCCCGGGUGCUUGUCUUGAAUAGCUUGCCUGAGACCCAUAACGACCACCUCCAAGCAUUGGUCAAUGCGCUCGUCAGCUGGGUAAAUCACCUCCCGCGAGACAAGGUGGACGUCGUGGACAAGUAUGGCAAUGUCGACGAAAUGCUAUUCCAAGCUCAUAUCACAAUCCACUACGCUGCUAUGCUCUUACACUUGCCUCGCAGUAAUUUGCGACCCAAAUUUCCCAAUACGGAGCUCAGGAUUUGCCCGGGAACCCCAUUCCGGCUAUCGCCUUCUCUGACCCGCCACGUCCACGAUGUCAAAGCUACGGAAUCCUCUAAACAAUUAUCCAAUCUUCUCUUUGUCCGUCCCAACGCGCAAGGCUAUAGUCCUUUCAUUGUGUGCAGCCUGGUAUUGUGUGGAAUGGUGCAGCUUGCGACGAGUGAAAGCCACUCCUCUGAUUGUUUUGACCAUCAUUGUAACCGGGUUGUUCUUGUGCUUGGGUGUCUCAAGCUCUUGAAGAAGAAGAGCUGGUCACUUGCGCAAGAGGCGCAUCGAUACCUGCGACAGGCGGCCACCCAAACUAUUACGAGUUGGGUCGAUUCUCCAUCUUCCCAAGGCAGCAACACCUUGCCAACGACUACAGGACCCGACCAUCCUGGCAACCUGGGCUUCGGUGGACUGAGUCCCGGGGCGAGUGCAAAUGACCUCUUUUCUCCUAGACUUCUCUCGGCUUACAUCGACCCAACCUGCAAUGACCCUUUUUUGAUAAAUCGAGUCCCGGGAUUUGAUACUCUGUGA